GGGAACUUAUACGAAAUUCUCAAUAUUUAUAUGGAACUCUAAGGAACAACUAGACACAAAUAUUCACACGAAGUAAAUCCAAGUCUUUGGAGAGUUGUAUGACUCUUGUAAAUGGUCGAAAGCUAAUCGAAAUUGGAAGAAAAGAAAUGGAAGAGGAGAUCAUUACUGGCAUGGACUGGUGCCUGGUCUCCGCCCGGUCAUUCCUGUGCCAGCAACAGCGACCUCAUCCCUUGCAGAGUGUCACUGCCCACCGGCUGCAGAUGCCCUGGUGGUUUCCGCUCCUGGAGAGCCUCUUCCUGCUGCUGCUGGUGAAGCUGCUCCAGCUGUAGACUGACCCCCGCCCUCAACUGUUGCCCCGCUUCCUUUGCUAAUUGCCGGUGGUGAUGUAAGCCAACAAUGGAGCCGGCUCGAACGGGGCGACAAAUGUCACACAUGCUGCACGUAAAUCACACUGGAAACUGUUUUUCUUGCCACACACGAUAAUUUGUCAAGGGGGUUGGGGGCUGGGGGUCGGGUGGAGACGAUUCUAAUUAAAUUGUUCA